UCGCAGUGUUAGAUAACGCGCGCAUUGAAGUUCGCAAUCGUAUGGAUGCAAGGUUGCAGAAAACACCAAGAAAUUUCUACCCCGACGACUACAUGACGACGAUCAACAACUGAAACCGGCGCGACUUCAAUUCAGCUCAUGCAAUUGCCAGUGCCAGUGCCAGUGCCGGAGGAAGUCGGAAUCGGAUAGCGCCCGGAACUCUCUCUCUCUUUUGGUCGGUGUAAAGGCGCCGGUAUCAUAACUAUCAUCGGAGGCGGCUCUCAAUUUUCACUUUCACUACACGCGGCCGACUUGAUUCAGUCGUUUCUGCUUCUGCUGCGGUUUUCGUUGUGUAAAUUUUCAAUUCUUGAAUACUAUGGAGUUGGAGGUGAGGACUGUGGGAGGGAUGGAGGAUUGUUUCGUAUCACUUCCUCUCCUUCUCAUCCAAACUCUUGAGAGGCGGUCUUCGGCAAUGGACGGUCUCCCUGAACUUCUCGUUCUUGAACUUCGGGAUUCCUCUUCCGAUGAGGUCUGGAUGGUUUCUUGGUCUGGCGCUACCUCGUCUUCUUCUGCAAUUGAGGUCUCCAAGCAGUUUGCAGAUUGCAUUUCUUUACCAGACUGUAUCAUUGUUCAAGUUCGAGCUACUUCUUAUGUGCCAGAGGCUACUCAAGUUUCAAUUGAGCCAUAUAGUGAGGAUGAUUGGGAGGUUCUAGAGUUAAAUGCGGAGCUUGCUGAGGCAGCCACAUUGAACCAGGUUAGAAUAAUUCAUGAAGGAAUGAGAUUUCCUUUGUGGUUGCAUGGUCGGACGGCUGUUACAUUCCUUGUGGUUUCUACCUCUCCUAAGCGCGCGGUGGUGAAACUUGUGCAAGGAACUAAGGUAGUAGUUGCUCCAAAGACACGUGAGAAAGUUCUGGAUUCUAGAGAGGGUUCGCCCAUACAAUCUUCUUGUAUGGUUCAGGCAAAAGCUGUGCUGCGAGUUCAAGACCUGGACAAGAGAUUGAUUUGCAAUAGUACCUUUGCAGGCAUUGAGCUUCGGGUAGUGCCAACUUCUGUUGCCUUUAUUCAUCCACAAACGGCUAAAAAUUUCUCAUUGAACUCUCUUGAGUUGGUUUCUAUAUUGCCUAGAUCAUCAGGGAAAGAGAGUGGGAACCAUAAUGAGAUCAAUGAUUUGAGGAAGUUGAAAAGUUCAACUGCCGAAACGAAUAGUGGAGAAAGAACGAAUGGAGAGGAAAGUCGCCAGGCUGUUAUUUAUCUAUUAAAUUCAAAUUUGGUCAAUGAAGGGCAUAUAAUGAUCGCUCGUUCCCUUCGACUUUAUCUGAGAAUCAACUUGCAUUCAUGGGUUCUUGUAAAGCAACACAAAGUUAAUUUGAAGGAGGGUUUCUCCUCUGCUUCGCUCUCUCUUUGCUACUUUAAAGUACUUGACGAUGACAUGACUCUUGCUAAGAAUGAUCUCAAGGCAAGUGACAGCCAUAAAAGCGUCAAGAGGAAAAAUAUGAUGUUCAAGACUAGCUCAUGGUCUUAUAUGGACGUUGCUAACUCAUCAGCUCAUGACCAAGUUGUUGAGGUUCUCUCUCACGAAUCUCCUGGUAGUGAGGAUGAGGGUUCUUGCUGUUUGUCAGGUGUGAAAAAAGGAUUACAAAUUCUUCUUCAAGAAUGGUUCCUUGCACAUCUUAAUGCCAUGGCUUGUAGCGUAGGAAAUAAAGUUAAUGCAAUGCGUCUGGGAAACCAAAGCUUGCUUCACUUUGAAGUCAAUGGUUUGAAGUCUGGGACUCGAAACAUAAACUCAGCACCUCUUAAUGCUUCAGAAGACACAACUAAGACAGUUGAGAUCCUGUAUGUUAUGACUAUUUUGCAAGAGCCGUUGCAAGGGGUAUGCAGUAAUGCAUUUGAACUUUCUUUCGAUGAUCUAAAUAAGUGCGUCAUUAAAUUGGGAAGUGCAGAGUUGUCUGAAAAGUUGCACUUGGGUGACCCUAUAUCCUUCUCAACCAUCAAAGAGAAGACUUAUGUUGAGGGUGAUAGCUUGGAUGUAUCUUCUCUGAGCUGGUUGGAUGCGUCUCUUCCUGAUGUUAUUAAUAGGAUAAAGGUAUUAUUAUCUCCAACAGCUGGGAGGUGGUUUGGGACCCAUAAUCUUCCACUUCCUGGACAUAUUCUCUUAUGUGGACCUCCAGGUUCUGGAAAGACAUUAUUAGCAAGAGCUGCUGCAAAAUUCCUUCAGGAAUACGAAGAUCUUUUAGCACACGUGGUUUUUGUUUGUUGUUCUCGACUUGCUUCUGAAAAAGUCCAGACUAUUCGCCAGUCACUAUUGAGCUAUAUAUCAGAAGCUUUAGAUCAUGCACCUUCUCUCAUUAUUUUUGAUGACUUAGAUAGCAUUAUUUUGUCAACAUCUGACUCAGAAGGAUUUCAGCCAUCCACAUCAAUGUCUGCAAUGUCAGAGUUUCUCACUGACAUGAUAGAUGAAUACGAGGAAAAGAGGAAAAGCUCGUGUCAGGUUGGUCCUAUUGCAUUUGUGGCUUCCGUGCAGACUCUAGAUAAAAUACCACAAUCAUUGAGAUCUUCAGGAAGAUUCGACUUUCAUAUGGAAUUGCCUGCUCCUGCUGCAUCAGAACGAGCUGCUAUUUUGAAGCAUGAAAUACAGAGACGUUCCCUAGAUUGUUCAGAUGUGACCUUACAAGAAAUUGCCUCAAAAUGUGAUGGCUAUGAUGCAUAUGAUUUGGAAAUUUUGGUUGAUAGAGCUGUCCACGCUGCCGUUAGCCGUUUUCUCCCACUGCAUCUUGCUCUAAACCAGAAGCAACAUCCCACUCUAAUCGAAAAUGAUUUUUCUCUGGCUAUGAACGAAUUUGUUCCAGCUUCAAUGCGUGAUAUUACUAAACCAGCUGCAGAAGGUGGUCGCUCAGGCUGGGAUGAUGUUGGCGGUUUAGUUGAAGUUAAGAAUUCUAUCAAAGAGAUGCUUGUAUUGCCUUCAAAGUUCCCCAAUAUCUUUUCGCGAGCUCCUUUAAGGUUACGGUCGAAUGUUCUCCUAUAUGGACCCCCUGGUUGUGGCAAGACACACAUAGUUGGUGCUGCUGCUGCUGCUUGUUCUUUGCGAUUUAUAUCAGUGAAAGGGCCUGAACUUUUAAACAAAUACAUUGGCGCUUCUGAGCAAGCUGUUCGGGAUAUUUUCUCGAAAGCAACUGCAGCAGCACCUUGCAUUCUUUUCUUUGACGAGUUUGAUUCAAUUGCCCCAAAGAGAGGGCACGAUAACACUGGAGUCACUGAUCGUGUGGUCAAUCAAUUUCUAACUGAAUUGGAUGGUGUUGAAGUUCUAACCGGUGUAUUUGUUUUUGCUGCAACAAGUUGUAUUUCGUUUUUCAUUUUAAGCAGUAGACCAGAUUUGCUUGAUGCCGCACUGCUAAGACCUGGCCGGCUAGAUCGUCUUCUGUUUUGUGAUUUCCCCUCUCCAGUGGAACGGCUAAAUAUUCUUCAAGUUCUUUCCACAAAGUUGCCAUUAGCUAGUGAUGUUGAUUUGGAGGCGGUCGCUUAUAUGACAGAAGGAUACAGUGGAGCCGACCUUCAAGCUCUACUCUCAGAUGCUCAACUUGCAGCGGUUCACGAGCAUCUCGAUAGCAUGAAUGCUAAUGACCCAGCUCAAAAGCCUAUCAUUACUGAUGCUAUUUUGAAGGCAGCUACAGCCAAGGCAAGACCAUCAGUAUCAGAUGCUGAGAAGCAGAGGCUGUACGGCAUUUACAGACAGUUCUUGGAUUCCAAAAAAUCUGUCUCCAUGCAGACUAGAGAUGCAAAGGGCAAGCGGGCAACCCUAGCUUAAGGACACGGGCAGCAUCAUCACUAAAUUUUGCUCAUCAAAUAGAUAUAUAUAUACAUAUGCUUCCACUCACUUACCUUCUAUCUUCAACUAGUUUAUUUAUUGUUACCAUAUUAUUCUUAUACAACAUAUUUAUUUUAAAAUAUUACAUUACAAAUAGGAAACAAAAAUUUAAUAGGGGUCGGAAUUAGAUCUUAUAACCAAUAAAAAGAUUAUAGAUGUCUAACUUUUUGAACUAUGUUCAA